AUGUCACAGCUUCAUCAAGAAGCUUUACGAAGACAACACGUCGUUGAUAAAAGAAAUGUUAAUGAUUUGUCUUGGUUGGUGAGUACAAACAGUCAAUUACGAGCUUCAGUACUUUUUGAGAUGAACUACCAAAAGAUAAUCUCUAGUUCGGAGGUACAAAAUACAUGACAUGUUUCAGGCCAGAGGAAACAGUGAUUUUGCGCUUGUUGCUGGUUUUGUUACGUCUUUUUUGCAGAUAAAUGCAAAGCUGAACCAUACUUCUUAGGAUUACACUUCUCUCUCAAAAUUACGAGCGUUUGUGUAGGACAAUGCACGGAUUACAUGAAAAACUUCAAUGAUUGUUUCAUGAGUGCGGUGCAAACUUUGUGCAUGAGACUUAAGUCUGAUGAAUUCAACUAGUAGCGUAGGUUGUUACGUCUCUAAAUUCUACAAAUUGCCUUUCGCUGCGACUGAAAAAAACUUAGUUACUUUCAAAUUACAAGGAAAUCUUGUAUAUUUGCAUUCUGAUAAGCAUGAUUAACUGUCACCGCUAGCGUUAAGUUGUAGUAUAGUGUUGACAGCACAGACAAUUUUAAUUGCAAAUACUCAGUCCAGGGAGUAUCUCUCUACUCAAGGGUUUUCAGUAAUUGAGUAAAUAAACAUUGCUUGCUAUCUCUUCUUAACUUUUUCUUACUUUGAAAGUUAUUCUACUACAAGCUUUACACAGAUAAAUUAAAGUGAUAAAUUUGGUUUUAUCAGCUGAUAAUGUAAAUUGGCUACCGCAAAGAGUUUCAAAGCUGAGGUUUCAAGUGUUAGUCCUUCGUCGGAGCAACAGAGUCGAGGUUUUUUACUUGAUGAUCAUUUCCUUUAUUCUCAUGACCUCAAUGUGUGAUUCAGAGGUAGUGUUGUUGGGAGAAAUUAGAUGCUGAUCACUUUUAAGAGUCAAAGGGUUAAUCACUAGUAGGGUAUUGAAUGUGUGUGUGAAGUAAAAGGAGACUGAUAGAGUACAGAAUAGCUCCUCUAUAUCUGAGUUUUUUUGGAUUUGUUCUAUAACCAAGGCUAUUAAAAUUUAGCCAGAUAGUUCUAUGAAGUAGACAAAGAAUGCUCUGAUCUUCAAUCUCUUAUGAACAUGCUGUAUCCACUUGUUCCCUUUCAGUUGCCGAAAGACAGAAUCAGUCAAAACCUACACAGUCCUUUCAGUUCUGGCAUGAGAAGUAUUAACAGUCCAAACUCCUUGCACCAUGGUUUAGCCAUGGGCAGUAGUCCUGGCUCCAGGAGCAAGGAAAUUGUCAUCACCGACCCUUACUUAGAUGCAAUAACCAAAGAAACAAAAGCAAGAACUCAGAAUAGAUUUUCAGUAAGUCUAGUCAACAAAGUUGUGAAGGCAGUGCUGGGCAUCACUUUCAUAUGCAAAAUUCAAUUGUCAAGCUUUACACAAAAUUUAAGAAGUUUUGUCAAGCAAUUUAGUAAAUAUGUCUACCAUUGUGAUAGUUCUGUGGUUGUUUAUAGUGAUUAUGGAAGGAUCACAUUUCUGCACAUACUCAAGUUAAAAGUAACUGAGGUUGAGAUACUGAGAAACAACUUCUGAAAUUUAUUAAAGGUGUAUGUCCUGAGUUUGAGAUAUAACACAAGAAAGACAUAUAGGAAUUUUAUGCUUUGAUAGUCCAUUUAGAAAAUCUUGUUGCUAUUUUAUCUCAAGUCAACAGAUUACAUGAUGCAGUGGUGA